AUGGGUUUUAACCUAGAAUCUGAUCACCCAGAUGUAAAGAAAUCGCUGAAAUUGAUAAAGAGUCCGGGAACAGACUUUGCAUGUAUUUUUUGGACGAUAGAUAAGCAGUUUGGUGUGAUACCCAGGAAGGAUUGUUUGCACCAUGAAGACAGUUUAGAGGACCUUCUGUUUGGCGAUGCCUUCCAGGCAAUGUACGGAAAAGAGAAACACUUCAGUAAAUCAUAUAAAUUAUAUUCAUUAACAUUAGGUGCUAGUGAAUCAGAACUGGUGAAGUUGGCAAAAAAAUUGUCAUCAAUUAGAAUCGUUAGAAUCAGUCAUGAAACACCAAACUCUGGUAAAAGACAACGCAAAAAUAAACAGCGUGCUGAUUUUGUGGAUGAAGAAGACAGAUCUUCUGAAGAGGAAACUGCAGAGUCUCCAAGGAAAAAGAGAAAAAACAUUAAGACAACUAGCAAAAAUAAAGUUAGCACUAAAACAUCUAAAGAAAAAGAAACAAAAGAGUCGAAAGAAGCUAAAGAAAAGAAACAAAGAGCAACUCAAGCCAAAAAACAGGCAUCACAAGACCAGGCAAAGGUGAUACUUGGUGAUCUUAUCGAUGUACGAACAUCAGACCAAAACAGAAGAUCCCCACCUAACCAAGAUGACAGGUCCCCUCCCAAACAUAGUGACAGGACCCCUCUCAACCAGUAUGACAAAGCCCAUCCAGACCAACAAGACAGUUCCCUUUCCAACCAACAUAGCAGGUUUCUCCUCAGCCAACACAACAGGUACUCUUCCAACCAACAUGACAGUAGAUCCCCCACCCGCCAACAUGAUAGACCCCCUCCAAACCCAUGUGACAGUAGAUCCCCCACCUACCAACAGGACAGCCCCCCUCCCAAUCAACACAACAGCUACCCUUCCAACCAACAUUACAGUAGAUCACCCACCCACCUAAAUGACAGUCCCCCUCCCAGCCAAUACAACAACUACCUUCACAAUCAGCAUGAUGGAUCCUUUUCCAACCAACACCACAGAUGCCCUACUAACCAACUGAUUGCAACCAAUGACAGAUCUGUCAACCAACAUGACAAAUCACCACCCCUUGAGGAGUACAGCAGACCACUUUCUGGCCAACAUUACAUUUCCUAUCCUGACCAAUGUUACAAUUACGCUCCUGACCAUCAAUUCAGUUCUCUCAAUGAACACACCAAUACCAGCCCAUCUUUCCUAACUCUACUUGGAAAUUCUGAUGUGUGUGCUGAAUGCCUUUUAAAAGACAAACAACUGAAAAGCAUGCAAGAAAAGCUUCAGAAAACAGAGAUGGACUAUCAUCAUAUAAAAAUUAAAUACCAAGAAUUGAAGGCUUCAAAAGCUUUAUAUUCAUCUACAAGCAUCUCUCACACUCCUAAACACUAUGUACCAGUGCGUGGUGUACAGAUUCCUGCAGCACCACAUGAAUUUGUAGCCCUAGGGACCGAUCCACCAUUAGGGUUUGAGAGGCUGGGGAGUACCAAUUUAUGUGUACAAAGCUUAUGGUUAUCAACAGUCACAUCUAAAUGCAGAAACGAUUCUCCAUCACUUUUUAUGAAAAAAAUGAUAGAUGGUUUUUUUCUACCAGAGCAGUUGAGUGGUAUGAACAGAACUAAACUGGCGGAAAAUAUAACCAUAGAUGCAUUGAUUAAGUAUGCCUGUAGUCAUCUAAAAAUGGCAGAUAGGGACAUAACUACAUUGGUGAACCAGAAGUGUUGCUCCAUGAAAAGAGCUCACCUCAACAGCAUGAGAGGAAACAACACACAGGAGACCAAUUAG